UGAACAAAAUGGCUGCAAUGGUGGUCAUUCCAACAAAGGUUUCCUGACAUUCAUGCAUUCAUGCUGUGCAAAAAAACAUGCUUUAAUAUUACUUAUGUUGGAAGUUGCAAUCCUCUGAGCUGUCAGCAAGAUGUGUGAGAAUCAAGGAGAGGACGAUGGAGAUAAUGCACUCCGAGAAAAUGACCCCCAGAAGGUGCGGCCGCCCAACAAAAAGAAGUUUGACGAUGAGAUGGAGGACCUCCAGUUACGUAUCAAGGAGCGAGAGACUCAGCUGGAGAAAGUCAAAUCCGGCGGCAAUGUCAGCAUCUCCCAGCAGCUGAAGACGCUGAAGGAGAAGAAGGGUGAGGCCAUUGCCAACCGCAGACAGAUUGAUGCGGAGCUGGACAAGGUCAACAAGGACAUUCCAGAGAAGAUGAAGCAACAGACCAAGCUUGAGUCGUACCUUUCAUACCGUAGUGAGGACAAGAUCAACGCCGCCAUCCAUCGCCUAGAGUGGAACCUGAACGCUCAGAGAUUCAAACUGUCAGAAGAGAAGAAAAUUGUGUCAGAGAUAGACCGGCUCAAGAGAUCAAAGAGGACCCUUGUUCAGUAUCAGAGUGUACGUCAGGAGAUCGGAGCCCUACGGGACAAGCAGCGGAAGAUGAGGGAGGAACGAGAUAAAUACUUUCGAGCUGUGAGUGAAAUCAAAGAACACGAGAACAAGUUGAGGAUGAACAGCUCUGCGGCUAAGUCUUCGUUCAGUACGCUCAAACAAGAGAUUGACGAGCUGUAUGAGCGCCGCCGCCAGCUGGUGGCCAUCUACCGCAGGGACCGCGACUCUUACCAAGGUGUGCGCGAACAGAGGCGGCGAGACAGCUGGAAGCGGAAGGACGAGGACAGGAGAGCCUACCAAGCGGGCCGGUUAAAGCAGCAAGUGGACCUGGAGAUGGAGCGACUACCGUAUGAGUCAGAGCUCCACGCUUGCACCACCUUGUUGAACCAUCUGGGCCGUCUGACGGCCGGCAGCCAGGAGAGCUCUCUGGACAGCCUCUCCCCAGCUUCUAGCCAGGACGACCCUGAUCUUGUGGAGGAGAUGGAUGAUGGGCUGUACGUGUUGCUCAGGAAAAGUGACGACCUGGAGGGGCCAGACUACUCCUCUGUCGGCAUCCGCAAGCUGAGCAGGAAGAACCGCCGAUCUCGGAAGCAGUCGAUGGUGAAGAAAAUUGUGCACACUCCUGAGAUUCUGGCAGAUUUCGUGACCCUUGGUCUCGAGGCCCCACACACGAUGAAGGAGGUUCUGGAAGUCACGGAGAAGCUCAAGGCCAAGAGGGCGUUCUUUGAGCGAGAGCAGCAACCAAAUGAAUCGUCCAGCGAUGCUGGUGUCUCUGCCACGGAGAGCAUCAUCUGUGAGCUGUCGCGACAGGCCAGCAAGACGGAGAGUUGUGAGGGAGCUGCUGACACACACCCGGGUGAGCAGGUCAUGGCCGAUUUGUUGAAGGAUUGUCAUGGUGAUGGUCAGAACGUUGAGGAUCCCGAGGCUGAACAGGGAGCUGUGGGUGGGAGUCAUGGCUCAGAGACUUCUGACACUCUCAGCCCGCAGAGCGAUGAUCUUGAAGGAGUGAGAGGAGGAGAGGGGAAAGAGGAGGAAGAUCAGGGUGUGUCUGAGAAGAAUUCAAAGCUAUUGUGCCCAAAGCCCUCAGUUGUUGUGACUCCGUCAGAGGAGAUGGAAGGGGACUGUAACUUGAUGAAGUCGUGGCCCGCUGCAACCGGAGUCAGUCGCCACAACACUUGGUCGGAGGCUUCAUUGCACCGCAUGCCUGCCCGUGGUCGAGGGGAGAGCGGAGAAUUAGCGGGACAUUCUGUGAGUAGGAGAGAGAGCUGGAAGCUGCGACAUCAAAAACAGCACCUGAGUGGGUCUCAAAGUUCUUGUGAUGUGGAGAGGCCAUCUUCCUUAUGGUCCACGGCGCCUCCAACAAUCACUCCUGAUCUCUCUACUCAAAACACCCUGUCACUAACGUCCCCUCUAGAUUUCCCGUCGCUUGCGCCCACCACCUCAAAUGUUUUUGUAAACUCUUCACAAUCCAAGGAUGACAACUUUUUACUUGCCCAAUCACCACUUGGCAGUCCGCGCUCAAAGCAGUGGUCUGACACGCCUGGUGUUGACCUCACGUCCAGUGGUCAGUGGGCAAGCAAGCAUCAGACCUUAGCCCAGCGGCUCUCCUCCCCGACUUCUUUAGGGUCGAGUUUGGAUAGUAGACCUCAGCAGGUUGUGUCACCUGCCGACCCCUCGUCGAGUAAGACGCAUGCGAAAUUGAGGAAAGGACUUUCUAGCCCUGUGUAUAGCAUGGCACCAAAGCAGCCCACCGACGCACCACGACAGCCACAGCAGCAUCACCCACCACCGAAACACAAAACCCUCGCUCAGAGAUUGUCUAGCCCCGUUUCGUCGGGUUCAGGACCAGAAACAAAACCUGCGGCUGCCGAGUCAUUUGGAACGAGUGGACAUAGAGCUGCCCGCCGCCAAGCCUUAGCGCCUAAACUCUCAGCCCCCACCCCUGCCUCUGCGUCGACGGGCGGUUCUGUUUAUCCUCGCCAGCCGCCACUCUCCCUUGACAGUGCAGAGUUUCCCCCCUUGUCUCAUCAAACCACUGCUGCAGCUCCUUUCCCCAGAAGACGAGGGUCCACAUUUUCAUCUGGCAGUAGCUCUGUCACCCAGGAGCUGACCACCAGCUCAGCUUCCCCAACAGUUCCAGCCAGUGAACAACAGCACCAACAGCUGCUGUCUUCAUCAUCGUCUUUGUGCACAGCCGCAAAGGGAGCUGCUGACACACCCGUUGCGACAACAACAUCCCCUAGAGAUCCCUCGUCUCGAAUCGUAGCUGGAGGAGGUGUAGCUCCUGUGGCAAUGACCUUGACCCCACCAACACCACAACCACAACCGUCACAUCCCAACACGCGGCCGCCACCCUUGGUGACGAGCAAGCUGGGACCUGUGGAUAAGUCAUCUACAGAGCGGUGGGUGGAGUCAAGUGUGGUAUUUACCAAAGACCUGGGUGCGGACGAAUCUGGAUUGUCUACAGAGUCCACCCGUCUUUGAGGUCGUGUCACAAUGUAAUGUCUUUCAUAGCUCGUUCAAUCAGAAGCAUACAGGACUUGCUUGGAUUAUGCAUCAUCAUUAGCCGAUUUAUACCAUCCCUGACUCACAGAAAUAGAAGCGAGAGCGAACGAGGCAGUGAGUCUCCCUGGAUUAUAUGCAUUGUCAUUCGCUGAAUUAUGCACGGAAAUGGAUUGUUACUGAGUAGAAAUUAUAGCAAAAGGUACAAUGGCCUGCUUGGAUUAUGGUCAUAAUCUGAAGUAUGCAUGGAAGUAGACUGUCACAGAAGUAGAGACGUGAGCAAAUGUGGAACGACGUGGUGGAAUCAGAUGCCUGACAGGUUUUGGGCAUAUGGAGUUAUUGGUAUAAUCUUAAAGCCUGUUCA